AUGUUUGAUUUGAUGAUCAGUUAUCAUUAUAGUGAUAAAGAAAUUUGUGGUCAAAUUUAUGACCGUUUAAUGGCAUCGAAUUUCUAUCGAGUUUUCUUCGAUAGAGAGCAUGCUCAUGAAAUGCUACCUAACGCGAUGGCUGAAGCAAUCGAAAAAUCAUCUAUAGUUCUAAUAUGUUUUUCAAGCAAAUAUCGAGGAUCGUAUGGAUGUCGAAUGGCAGCUGAAUAUGCCGAAAAACGACAACGACCAAUUAUUCCAGUGAAAUUAGAUGAAUUAUAUUGUCCAGCUGGGUGGUUGAAUAAUAUAGUUGCUAAUAAACAUUGUAUUGGCUUCAAAGAAUUCAACUUUAGUAACGCUUAUGCGAGCUUGAUUCAACAAAUCGAUGACGUUAAAAUGAAAGCCAAUAUAUGA